AUGGCAGACGUCGAAAAACAGAUCAACGAGUUCUUUGCAGCUCCCGACUCGAAGCUCGCCCAAGAUGUCAUGACCGAACUGCUCCACAUCAUCCAGCUCAUGUCCCUUUCGCCGGAGGACCUCUACUACAAAUGGGACAGCUACGUGAUUCAGAUGGGCGCUGAAACCACCAAUUUAGACUAUAAAACUGUUCGAGAUUUCAAGAAGACGCUGCAGGACGCGCUGGAGCGUGAUUCGAGGAACAAACAUGCCGUUCAGGGCGCCGCAAAGAGAACGAAUGCGACACCUAGAGCGACAGGUGGUGGAGGCGAUGUAUUCGGCAUGCUAGAUGGCAUGGUGUCUACAACGCCGGGCGCUCGAACAUCUGCUGCAAAGAGAAAGGCUACCAACUUCGAUACUCCAGCUCCCAAGUCAGCCAGAAGUGGCUUGAACAGCUCUCCUGCAGACAGCAAGACACCGGCCACCGCAAGACACGUCCCAGCCGUAGCAUUCGAGGAACGCAAGAAUGCUGGCGAUGUUGUUGAAUCUAUAAACUCGCAUCUACCUGCUGCGACCAUCCCGCAAAUUCCACCCUCGGCCGCCCGCGUCAAGCUGAAGGCUGCAUCGGAUCUGCCCAAAUUCGCGUACAAACCGAUGGCAAUGAAGCUCUCAGAGGCUUCAGAAAUCCUGGACGACAGGAUCGACACUUUUACGGAGGCUGUACAGAAGCACCACGAGCUACCAGACAGUGCCUUCGGCAAUCCUGCAGCUCAAUCUUCAGCAGAAGUUGUUGCAGUCGGCCGCAUUGCGUGCGAUCAACCCAACGCGAAGCUUAAUGCAGCCAGCAUGGUGUUAGAGACGAGCAGACGUAUGGGUGCAGGUAUGCGAGUGCCUUUGAAGAUGGAAGGUAUCGCUUUCGACUUCUUUCCUGGCAAAAUUGUGGCGUUGAGAGGCACGAACGUCAGUGGGGAAUAUUUCGCGGUCACGGAAGUUUUGCCCAUGCCCCUGCUUCCUCCGGCAGCGUCUCGACCGGAAGAGAUCAAUGUGCAUAACGAUCGGCUUACAGGAGAUGACAGGGAGACACGACCACUUUCCAUGCUCAUCGCCAGUGGUCCAUACACAACAGACACGGACCUCUCUUUCGCGCCUCUCUAUACAUUACUGAACAAGGCAGAAACCGGUAGGGUGGAUGCUCUGAUCCUGACUGGACCCUUUCUGGAUCUCGAACAUCCAGUCGUGGCCUCUGGCGACUUCGAGCCUCAUCUUCCAGCUGGCACUAAGAUCGAACCUGACCAAGCCACGAUUACUGAUGUCUUCAAAGCUCUCAUCAGCGUGCCGAUUCAAAGACUUGUGCAGGCCGUACCCACAAUAACGAUUGUGCUCGUUCCAUCCAUGCGGGAUGCAAUCAGCAAGCAUGUGUCUUGGCCCCAAGAUCGGGUCCCCAAGCCUGCCCUCGACCUACCUCGACAAGUGCAAUUCGUGGCGAACCCAAUGGCUCUCUCCAUGAACGAUAUGCUGGUCGGAAUGUCCUCUCAGGAUGUGCUGUCGGAACUGAGGAGAGAGAAUGUCUACCAAGCCCCCAAAGGCCAGAGCUUCAAUGACGACUUUCUGGGGAGAUUGUCUGGCCAUAUCAUCGAGCAAAGCCAUUACUUCCCGGUGUUUCCGCCCCUUGCCAGAGAGGACCUUCCCAAACCCACGGCUAUCCCGGGCGAGGUACCGGCUCCUGGCGGAGAGGAGAGGCUCGCUGUUGGUGCCAACCUGGACCUUGAGUAUUUAAAGCUCGGCGAUUUCUGGCAAGCAAGGCCUGAUAUGCUCAUCUUGCCAAGCGUCUUAAGUCCGUUUGCAAAGGUCGUCGAAUCCGUCGUUUGCAUCAACCCUGGAACAUUGAGCAAGAAACGUGGUCCCGGCACGUACGCUGCUGUCAGUGUCCAGCCCCGUGCAUUGAACGACCACGACCGGGAGGCCGAAUACGCGACUCAUGAUCUGUUCGAAAGAGCACGCGUUGACAUCACGCGCAUCUGA